AUGGCGGACAGUUGUUUGGGACCCCCGAUUACCAAGUCCUCUUCCCCUCUUCUCCUCCACUCUCCUCCUCCUUCUCCUACUACUAAACUUCUCUUCCAUUUUUUCCCUUCGUCUUCUUCAUUUCCUAAGACAAAACCAAAACCCCUUGUUCUAUCCAUGGCUUCCAUUCAAUGCCGUUGCUCUUCCUCUUCAAUUUCAAAUUCAAGCCCUAGGCCCUCCCAACCCUCCCUCCUCGUCUUCUCAGGUGGUACGGCUUUUAAUGGCGUUGUGGAAGAGCUGAAGAGAUUAACAACGCGUGUUGCUCACGUUCUCCCUGUUUCUGAUGAUGGUGGCAGCACUGCUGAGAUUGUCCGCGUGCUCGGUGGUCCUGCUGUUGGAGAUAUUCGGUCGAGAUGUUUAAGACUGUCUGAUCAAAGUACUGCUGAAGCUCUUGCUGUCAGAAGAUUGCUUGGGCAUCGUUUACCUCUUCAUGCCCAAGAAGCCAAAUCCGAAUGGUUCUGUCCUGAAUUUCUCUUGUUUUACUUGCUAGGUAUAAUAUUGUACAAGGAGAGCAUUCUUUAUGGGAAGGCGUAUCAAGACCAUACAAUGAAACAAUUCGAGCUUUUCUUGUUUAUUUCCAAAAUGAGAUCCUGCGGCGUCCCAAUGAAUCAUUUUGCUUUAGUAAUGGCAGAUAUCCCAGCAGAAAGUCUGGUUCUUCCAGUCAUCUCAACGAAUGACAGGCUUACAUUAGGAUGUGAAUUAUGGGAUGGCACUGUUAUUCGAGGUCAGAAUGAGAUUUCACAUCCAACCAAUGGCUCCAUGCAACCCAUUGAUAAGAGAUGUUCUUCGGUCCCAGCACUUCCUUCAAGAAUAAAGAGGGUUUUCUAUAUGUCAAGUGAGGGUGGAAACUCACUCCAUGAGGUCUUCCCCACGGUAAAUCCGUCAGUCUUGGACCAAUUGAGUAGCGUGGACUGUAUUGUUUAUGCAAUGGGAUCCCUCUUUACUUCCAUCUGCCCAUCAUUGGUGUUGCGUGGGAUUGGAGAAAUUAUCUCUUCCAGGAACUGCCCUAAGGUACUUUUGUUGAAUGGUACACAUGAUCGGGAGACAAGCGACUUUUCUGCUUCUGGCUUUGUAACUGCCAUAACAGAUGCCCUAAAUCGAAAAUAUGGAGAUCCUGAUUCUUGCUUGGAAAACUUUCCAAACAAGUAUAUCAAUACUCUUUUAGUUCCCAAAGAUGGUGAAAUUCCCAUUGAUGUGCAAUGCUUGUCUUCCCAAGGGAUCUUUGAUGUGUACAUACGAGGAAGCAUCAACAGUAUGGGAGCCUCAAAAGGAGUCCUAGCAUUUGUUAGUGGAACUAGUAAAGAGCUGUACAAAAUGACCGUAGAUGUACCUCUGGCUUGA